AUGAACGCGACCAAGCGCAAGUUCAACGCCCUGCUCCAGGGCCUCAACAGCCCUCGACCCUCUCCGCCUGACCAAAAGCCCAGAAAGACGGCCGACAUUACCGCUGGAACCGCCGCGUCGUCGUCCCUGCCGUCGUCGCCUCUGUCCACCAUCGCACAAAAGAAGCGCCGCAUGGGCGUCGCCCCCGCCGCCGACACGGCGUCAUCCUCGUCGCUGUUGUCCCUGGCGUCCAUUGCGUCGCUGCGUAGGCCGCUGCAGACGCCUCCGCCCGCCGCCGGCCCCCCGGAAGUCGCCGCCAGAUACUGCCCCGGAGACAGAGAGCAGCUGCUGCGACGGCUCGCGUCCUUUCAGGAAAUCACCAGCUGGACACCCAAGCCCGACCGCGUCGGCGAGGUCGAGUGGGCGAAGCGUGGAUGGGUGUGCCACGGUAAGGAACGCGUCCGAUGCGCGUUAUGCCACAAGGAGCUGGUGGUCAAGCUCAACCGCAAGGAGCAAGACGGGAAGGAGGUGUCUGUGUUGAUUGCGUCGGAAAUUGAGGAAGCGCUCGUCGAAAAAUAUGCGGACCUUAUCGUUUCUUCACAUCAACCGGACUGUCUAUGGAAAAAACGUGGAUGCGAUGACUCGCUUUUACGAAUAUCCUUUUCCAAUUCCAGCAGCACUCUCGAAAGCCUAAGGCAGCGUUACGAUGAACUUUGUUCACGCCAAUCUUUCCUCCCUUACGAAUUCAACCUCCGCCUUCCUGAAGACCUCGUCCUUGAUACGGUACUCAAACAACUUCCAGAAAACUUCUUCACCCACCCCCCUCCCGCUGCCGCUGCCACCACUGGACAGUCUCCCAACCGCGCCGCGUUGGCUCUGGCUCUCACUGGAUGGCAGGGUCUGUCCAAUGUGCGUAUCGGCGCCGUUCCCAACAGCGCCUCGUGUCACACAUGUCAACGACGUCUUGGACUAUGGAUGUUCAAAAGCAAAGAGGUGGAUGAGAAUGGAAAAGUACUAGUGCCAGCGGCUAUGGACCAUCUCGACCCCAUUCGUGAGCACCGGUUCUUCUGUCCAUGGAAGAACCCAGAGGCCCAAAGUAGAGUCGGUGCGACUGGAAAAGACGCGCAAGCCACUGCAUGGAUGUCCUUGCUUCAGAUGCUCAAGAAUGAGUCUGAGCUACGCAGUAUAUACCAAGGGCACCACAGAAAAUCUCUCGCUGGCGAAGCCCCUCCUGUGCCUGAGAAAGAUAACGUGAACCCCUCUACACCUCAAAAAGCAGUCCCAGUGUUACUGGAACCCAUGUCCAAUGCAUCAGCCAAAACGACCGCUCCCGAGCUUGAUGAGGCAGAUCGUGACGCCAAGGAUAAAGAGAGAUGGGCUCGCUUGCGAAAGGUCAAGAGCCUAUUUGACGCAAAAGCGAGCCGAAAGUCCAAGAUACCAGAGACACCGCAGUCAAACAAGGCAGCAACGCCUCAGAAAUGA